CGUCACAUAAACAUGGCUCCUGUGAAGAGUUGAGAUGAAUGUGUAACUGUUUAUUUCUGUAGAUAACAUACAUUUAAUGUACUAUUGUUCACGGCAUGGACAACAUAUAUCACCACGCUUCAUCAGAAACACCGCAGCCUCCUGCCUAUAAUGCCGGCUAUCUGGAAGCACCGUAUACCGCCAGCUUUAACAUACCUCGGCCGUGUAGCGCGACUCAUCAACAGACACAGCCGGACCACACUGCUCCACUGUGGCCACCGGGACCUGGGUAUGAUGGUAACCCGUACGGCUAUAGGUGCGAAUUCCCCCCGCCGUCUCCCGAAGGAGGAGUGGGUUUCGGGGGGCCUCGCAUGCCCCUUCCUUAUGGGUUCAACCCCUCCAUCCCCCCGCCUCCUUUCGGCUGUCCACCCCCCGUACACUACCCCAACGCCCCGGUGAACACAUACAACAGCAGGGAAGCCUCAAGCUUUCAACCAUUCACCGGUACCCAGCAGUAUGGAGCCUGUCCUCAGAUUGCCCGGCACGACUCAGGUCAGAAACAGCAGCGGUUUGAGGGUUUCUCUGAGAGGGCAACUCGGUUUCCUACGCAGGGUAAGGACCAUGACAGGACUUCGGGAGAAACAACACAGCCUGAGGAUGAAGCAGCCCUCCAGAGAAGGCAGGACCAGCAGUGGCUCGGACGGUUCUUAAAAGGAAAAGAGAGAACGUCCAGGACCCAGCGGCACCCUUCACCCCGCAGCUGUGCCCCAGCUCCAGGGCUGAAGGAGGCUCUGUGUGCGGCCGCUCAGCUCGUCUCCCGGCUGGAACAGUCUUGCGAAACCCUGAGGAACAGUGUGGAGGAAGAGAGUGUUUGGACGGACUCGUAUUUAUUGGCUUUAAAUGUGAAGAAAGAGCUACAGGACAGUCUCGAAGUCCUCAGUGACAGUGAGGGUUUAGCUAGCUGGAAAUCUAAACUGUGCCGUGUUGCUAAGAGGAGGGCCCGGCGCCUGAGGGCCAGGAGCCGGCUCCAGGUGGAGGAGAGGGAGAGGGAGCAGCUCAUCACUGAGAAGGAGGCGGCCAUAGACAAAUGGAGGAUGCAGAAGAUACACGAAGUGGAGGAGAAGAAGAAGGAGAGGGAGCUGAAGCUGGCUGCAGACUCUGUUCUCUGUGAGGUGAGGAAGAAGCAGGCAGACGUGAAGAGGAUGCAGGACAUUCUGAGAUCUCUGGAGAAACUGCGCAAGCUAAGGAAAGAGGCAGCCUCGAGGAAAGGGGUCUCCACUGAGCGAGAAUGCGACGAGGCGUUCAGCAGCAGGCUGGAGCAGCUGAGGUGUGUGAUGAAGAGGAGGACGGGCAUUUACUCCGCCGAGGAGAAAGCUCUGAUGGUGAUGCUGGAAGGAGAGCAGGAGGAGGAGAGGAGGAGGGAGCAGGAGAAGCAAGUGAAGAAGGAGAGGGAGAAGCAGCUGCAGAGGAAACGCAGAGUGGACGCCAUGUUGUUCGGGGAGGAGCUUCCUGCUGGUUGUGUCCUGCAGCCCUUCAGAGAUUACUACACCCAGGCGGAGCACUCCCUGCACGCUCUUCUGCAAAUCAGGAGGGAGUGGGAUGUUUUUGUGAUUCCAGCGGAUCAUCCCGAUGGUUCUGCGGUCCCUCCCAGCUGGAUCCUGCCUGACGGCCCGUGUGACGCAGCCUGGGCCUCGGCCCUGCAGAGCGCUGAGUGAACCCUGCAGCUGGAGCACUGCCAGGAUCAGCCCGGCAGAACACAUGUAAAUAACAUGUAAAUGAGUACAGGUGUUAAUAAAGGAUUUUGAAGUG